UGAAUAAACGCAAGGGUACUGCCACCCUUUCCUCUGUGUAUUGUCGGAGACAGACUUUUUCUUCCCCUUCCUUUUGCUCAUUGAAAGUGAGACUUGCAGGGCUGCAGCGCUAGCACAUCAGGGAGGGCAUUUUCCUUGCACGCGGCCGACCCAGGUUCAAUUCCCAGCAUUCCAUAUGGUCCCCCGAGCACUGCCAGGAUAACCCCUGAGCAUCGCCGGGUGUGACCCAAAAAAGAAAAAAAAAAGUGAGACUUUUUUUUUUUCUUAUAUUUUGGGAAAUUUGCUUUUUUCAUGAUAAAAAAAAAAGCAUUGGUCAAAUGCUCUCCUUUCUAAACAUGUUGUCCUAUGUUUAUGUUGUUAAUAUACAAAUUAAGUAAAAGAUUAAGUUAUUUCAUACAUCUCAACAUGUGUUGCUAAUAUACUUGUUUUUCUCUUACUCUUCGUACAUAAUUUGAGAAAGUAUUUUGAUAAUUUGUAUAAAAAUUGCCUAAAAAUCCUAUCCCUUGGUCCAAUGAUUCCUCUUUGUAGACUUUUUAAUCAAGUAAUCUUCACAGUAGGAAGAAAUUUUAUUCACAAAAAUAGUGGUAGCUAAGUUCAGCAUUUAAGUCACAAAAAGCAAAAGCUUGGAAGCAACCUAAAAAUGUUAGCACUGUGGAAGUUUUCAAAACUGUGAAAGUACCGAUUGUGCUGGGGAAGAUGUAGCAGCCUCUUCUCCGAGCCACCCCUUUGCCUCCGGACUUCUCUGGGGCCAGCAGCCGCCCGACCUGGGGCCCGGGGCCGCGGGCUCAGCCGACGACCAUGGGCUCUGUGUCAAACCAGCAGUUUGCAGGUGGCUGCGCUAAGGCGCCCGAGGAGGCGCGGGAGGACGCGGCCCGGCCGGCGGAGGAGCCGCAGCUGCUGCACGGGGCCGGCAUCUGUAAGUGGUUCAACGUGCGCAUGGGGUUCGGCUUCCUGUCCAUGACCGCCCGCGCCGGGGUCGCGCUCGACCCCCCGGUGGACGUCUUUGUGCAUCAGAGUAAACUGCACAUGGAGGGUUUCCGAAGCCUGAAGGAGGGGGAGGCAGUGGAAUUUACCUUUAAGAAGUCCGCCAAGGGCCUGGAAUCUAUUAGAGUUACUGGUCCUGGUGGGGUGUUCUGUAUUGGAAGUGAGAGGCGGCCCAAAGGGAAGAACAUGCAGAAGCGGAGAUCUAAGGGAGACAGGUGCUACAACUGCGGCGGUCUAGACCAUCAUGCCAAAGAGUGCAAGCUGCCACCCCAGCCCAAGAAGUGCCACUUCUGCCAGAGCAUCAACCAUAUGGUAGCCUCCUGUCCACUGAAGGCCCAGCAAGCCCCCAGCUCCCAGGGGAAGCCUGCCUACUUCCGGGAGGAAGAAGAGGAGAUCCAUUCCCCUGCCCUGCUGCCUGAGGCCCAAAAUUGAGCCAGUGGGUGGGGGUUAUUAUCCUUUUGCGAUCAGCAAGUUUCAAGGAGCAGGCAUCAAUCAGCAGAGGAGAAAGUGGGAACAGGGUGGGCAGGGGGCAGCUGGCACUGCCAUGUACGUAUCUCAGGCCGGGGUCCAGAGCUUCACCCUCUCUUCCCUCUCUUGGCAGGGGGGAGGCGGUGAGGCAAAGGAACUCCAAUCACGCUGUCUAAAUGCACCUGAGGGCUUUGAGGGCUGACCCCCUCUGCAUGCUUUAUCUGAGUCUCUAUGCCCAGGAUCUCUUGCUUUUGAAAUGUUCUGGACACGGAAGUGGUUUUCCUUUUAAAGAAGGCCGUGUAACUGUUUUCCAUGCCAGAGUGAAAAGAUUGAUCAGACAAGAGACCAGAUUAAUGGGCCCAACCCACAAGCUUCUGCAUUCCGUGGGAGGGAAUCUCAGGGCUAAGACAGGCUUUUUCUACAUCUUGCCUCCCUACACUCUUGGGUUAGAGUGUUGGGAACUGUCCCAAGCCAUGGAUUGUGAUGAAAGGCCAAAGGGGGACUGGAACAGCGCUGACCUACCUGCUCCUAAGCUCCCUCCCCAUUCUGGGCCAAUAUGAUUUUAUUUAUUUGCUGCCUUGGAUUGCUGCACCGUGGUCCCACCUUCUCCAGGAUGCCAACUGCAUUAGCUGUGUGCAAAUGACGUAUCUUGUGCAUUUUAAUUUUUUUUCGUAAUAUAAAUAUUCUGGUUUUGUAUUUUUGUGUACUUUAAUCUAAGGCCCUCAUUCCUGCACUGUGUUCUCAGGUACAUGAGCAAUCUCAGGGAUAAGUCAGCGGCAGCUCCGGGUCUGCACAGCAGGAAUACCUUUUGUUGUUUGAUCAGCAGGGAGAAAAACUAUUUGAAGUGGAUUGAACUACCUCAUAUUCUUUUUUUUUUUUUUUUUUUUGGCCAAUUGUGAGCUGACUUUUCUGCCGUUAUGUUGUCUUGAAACCCCUCCAUCUUCUUCAAUGUUCUCAGGGGGUGAGGGGGCUAGGUUUUCCCUGGGUGCCCUGUGACUUGAUUUCCUCCCCAAGAUUGGAAACUGGUCUGAACAGGAAAGGUGGUGCAGAGAGGUUAGGAGAAGCCAGGACAGGUUAAAGGCACCAAGAGGAAGCCAAGAUCAGGUGAGGUCUGUGUGUAGGAUGGAGGAUUGCUGUCCCAGACCUCUAACCCCAGGGCACAGGACUCUUGACAUCCCAGCUCCAUCUUUCACUGGAUUGGGCUAGGCCUACCAUGCACAACAGAGUGAAUGUGUGCUUGCUAAAAAAACAAAAAAAACUUGAGUUCAUAAGGAUAGUUUUCAGAGUAUAUCUCUGUAUCCACUUUGAGAUGCCCAGGUAUGGAUAUGAAACAGGGACCAAAUCCAGAUCCUUUAACUCUUUGGCUUCCUGAUGUCUCCUUUUUUGGGGCCCAGAGCCAGUGUCCUGCCCUGCGGUAUCAGUGAUUCAUGUCAUGGUGAAUAGCCAAAGGAGAAAGGGUGGGGUGGGCGUUCGUUUACGUGCUGUGAUCCCUGCAAACCUCUACCUCACUGUGUUGAAACGGGGCAAAUGCAAUAGACCGCAUUGGGUGAUUUGUGUCUGAUCCUGGGUUCUUGUUCUUCCCCAAUUUGCAGCCCCUUCUAGUUAUUGUAUUUGUCUGGGCUUUGUAGAACUUAUGAGUAGCUAAUUUGGUGAUUUCCAGGUGGCCUAGUUUGUGUAAAUAUAAUGUGUUGGUCUUCUCCAUGUUAUUUUGGGGUUUUAUUGUUUACAAAACUGUUGUAUAAGAAAAAUAGCCAAAGCAUCUUUGACAAAAGGUUCUGCACCAGGUAAAAGGAUCUGAAGCAAGCUUGGGGACCCUUCUUGAAAUGGGGGUCUUGAACCACCCUUUCUCUUGUGUUCCCCUGCCCUUAUUUCCUAUUUUGAAUCAGGUCUUCUGUUCCUCAAACUUCUACCAUUUCCUGAAUUUUCUUACCACCUCCUUGAUUCCCCCUUCUACCCCCACUUCCUCCAUUCCCCUCUAGCCCCCCAACCAAUCCACACAACCUUGCAAUUUUGUGGUGUAUCCCCACAAGUCUUAAAGUGAUUUUUUACAAAAGUCCUUUAGAAGUUCAGAACACUCUAUUUCUUGCACCCAGCCUUUGAAGAGAGGACUAUCACUUGCUAACUUUUAUGCCAAACAUGCGCUGCUGUAUUACUUUAGUUUUGAAUAUUAGGGUAGAGAAGCAAUGAGGGGGCCUUCCAUGUAAAGUGGGAUCAGGAAACCAAGGAAAGGGAAGAUGAAUGUAUAUCCAAGUCACUCAGGAACUUUUGUGCAGGUGCAAGAAACUUAGGUCAAAGUGGCCACAAGAUUGUUUAAUAGGAGAUGGACGAAUGUAACUCCAUGUUUACUGCUAGAAACCAAAGCUUUGUGUGAAAUCUUGAAUUUCUGGGGAGGGAGGGCGGGAGAGUAGGGAAGCAUGUACCUGAUCCCCUUCCCUCAUCCCAUGGGCUGAGAUGGGAGCCCAUGGGCUUUGGUGACCCCAUCCUUGGGAAAUGUUUAUUUGAUGGUUGAUUUUGCGGUAUGGGUUUACUUCCUUUCCCUUUUGCAAUCAUUUUGCUACAUAUAUGCUGAUCCUUUUCCCAUUCCCUUUCUGUACCCUGGGAAAAUACAAUGAAUAAAUAAAAACUUAUUGGUACUAAAACUGUCAAAAAAAAAAACUGUGAAAGUACCUACAAGACAGAAAAUAUGCAACUAUUGUGAACAACGUUUAGAGAACUUUUAUUUAUGUGAAAAAAUACAGAGUACAAUGUGAAAGGAAAAAUCAGAGCUCAAAAUUACCAAUCCUUGUUUCAUCUCUUCAUUUAUUUGAUGCCACAUAAGACAUUAAGACUGAAGAGAUAUAGACCAAAGUAUAUUUAUUUUCUUUACAAACUUGUUUUUUCUAUAAUAUCAUACUGUUUGUUAUGAGAAAGAAGUAUAUUUCAAGAAUGAAUUCCAUGUUUCUUUUAAAUUAAAAAAGGGAAGAAAAGGGGAUAAGAGUAAGAAGACUGAAUUUUCAAGCCCAGUAGUGGAAUGAAGCUGCCAUUAAUCUUGGUUUGAAAACCAGUAGGUUUGGUGCUAUCGAGACCAAAAUCCGUAAUGACUGUGCUUAUUGGCGUGGCAUUUCUAACCCUAAAAGAAGAAGACAUUAUGGAUGGCUGUUUCUGUUAAUUCCUAUUCUGAUUUUC